GAAAAAUAUAAAAUGGCAAAUUGCUGGAAUUUACAGUUAAUCCUAAAGAAGGUAAACUAUUUACGGGUUUUACCAAGUUUAACCGGAGAGAAAACCGAAUCGAAUUGAAAUACGAACCAAAGAUCAUAAAUUAGACUUAACUGUCCCCAAUCCAACUUAAACCCUCCGAUCCAAUCUCGAUUUUAACCAUCUCGAACCCGAAUCCAAAUAACCACUCAAUUUCGAUUUAAACCAAGUGGAGUCUCUCCAAUUUCCCCUUUAUUCUUUAUUUCUAUUUCUCCCCCCCCCCUCUCUCUCAAACGGUUUCCCCUAAAUUCGAAAACGUAUCCCAACCCUAGAACAUCCCACUUCGAUUCCUUCGAUUUCCCUUCGAUUAUUCACCGAAAACGUGUGAAUCAUGGUUGAAACUAGGCUGGGUAAGAGAAAGGAUAGACCUCCUCCAACGGAUCCUCCUCCGCAAAAGAGCGGGACCUCGAAGAACUCGAAGAAGAACAAACCGAAGAACUCGAAGAAGAGAAAAAUGACGGAUGAGGAAUCACCGGUGGUUGAAUUUGUUGGAACCGUGGGAGUUGCGGAGGAGAAUGAAGUAGAAGAACCGGCUAAGGAUGUAGAAGAUCGGGAGAAAGAGAAAGAAGAAUCGGAGAAGGAGAAAGAAAGGGAAGAAGAAAAUGGAGACGAAGAUGAAGAGGAAGAAGGAAACAGCGAUGCAUCUCAAGAAGAGAAAGAAGAAAAUGGAGACAAAGAUGAAGAUGAAGAAGGAAAUAGCAAUGAAGAAGUAGAGAACAAAGAUGAAGAAGAAAUACAAGAGGAGGAAGAGAACGGGACUCUCCCGACUCCCGAAGAGAACGGGACUCCCGAAGAGAACAGAGGUCAAAACGAAAAUGAAAAUCAAGAAGAAGGAGAGAAGGAACCCCCAUUGGAAGCGGAAUCAGGAAAUGUUGAUGGUGAUGGUGACGGGGUUCUCGGGCAAGGAGAAGAGGAAUUAGAGGCAACCGAGGCAAUCAAACCGUUGAGGAUGUACUUCUAUGAGUCGGAGUACAAGAAACAAAUAAAGAUAGCGACCAAAUGUAUCGUCAAUGACGUUAUGGUUACAUUUGCUCAUCUCAAACCGAAGAUGAGUGAUACUGAGAGGAAGUGGACUCAAACCACAUAG